GACUGAUUCUAGCAAAAAAGAAGGAAAAACUAGUGAUUCAUAUGUUCUAUUGUUCUUGAGUUUUCUACAAAAAAUUCAUACGUUUGAACCAGAUUCCAGCAAAGAGAAAGAAAAAGAUUCUGGGGAAGGAAGGAGCGAAAAAGCUACGGAUUCUCAAAGUCCCAAUCUAGAUUUUUUCCAGAUCUGGGUUGGGGUCACCGGAGCCGCCAACACCAUCCCUACCGUUGUAGCCACGUUGAGUCUGCCUGCACCGGAUGAAGCUCGCUGCAGUAUCCCAUGACGGAAGGAUUUUUUUACCAAGACAUGUUCCAAGGAAAAUAGGCUGUGGGGUCCAGGUGCUAAAGCAACCAAUUGCUCUCUUAGAUCAAUCCAAUCAUCUGCAAAGGCAGCAAACAAUGAUUCAUAAAGGGGCCAUGGUUGACUAUUAUGUCCAAGUGGCGGUCAGAUGCUCGGCUGGUGGUGGCCGCUCGGUUUUCAGACGCAGCCCGGUUCUCAAUGCACCCCGGGAGGAAGUUAGGAUACAUUAUAGGCUGGCCGCCCGGUUUCCAAAGCCCCUGUCCGAUGUUCACCACCGCUCGGCAUGAAGAAAAACAUCCAACCUUGGGACCCGAAUCGAAAGGAACUGCUCAGCCAGAUAUCUGAGUUGUUGCCGGUUCUGAAUGCGCUCAGCAUCGCACACCUCGGCCCGACUCUCAAACCGCCGCCGGUACAUCUCCAUCCAGAGCAGCUCUCAAACCCCUGUACACCUCCGUCCGGAGCGAGUCACUGGCCGGACUGAAGGUUUAUCCCAUUGUUUGCAGCUGCCCUUAUGGAUAAGGAAGAUCGCCACUUUGUC